CUCCGCCUCCUGCCCGCUCUUCACGGCUAAGUUGCGGCGCAUGCGCCUACUGCGCUGUCUGACCUUGCCUGCAGUCACCAUGUUGUCCCGCAGCAGCGUCCUCAUAUACCAGCCACAAUGGGGUCAAGUCAGGAACAUGGCAACUCUGAAGGACAUUACCAGGCGACUGAAAUCCAUCAAGAGUAUCCAGAAGAUUACACAGUCCAUGAAGAUGGUGGCUGCAGCCAAGUACGCGAAAGCUGAAAGGGAGCUGAAGCCAGCUAGGGUGUAUGGGACCGGAGCUUUAGCAUUGUAUGACAAAGCUGAAAUCAAGGCUCCUGAAGACAAGAAGAAGCAUCUUAUUAUCGGCGUGUCCUCUGAUAGAGGCCUUUGUGGUGCUAUUCAUUCCUCUGUGGCAAAAGCCAUAAAACAUGAAAUCGCAUUGCUUUCUGGUGGUGGAAAAGAAGUUAAAGUCAUUGGAAUUGGGGACAAGCUAAAAAGUUUACUUCAGAGGACUCAUGGUGAAAACUUUCUCCUGACCUUCAAGGAAGUUGGCAGGAAGCCUCCUACUUUUGGUGAUGCGUCUGUGAUUACUUCAGAGCUUCUAAACUCUGGCUACGAGUUUGACCAAGGCUCCGUGGUGUUCAAUAGAUUCAGGUCUGUGAUCUCUUAUAAGACUGAAGAAAAGCCAUUCUUUUCUCUUGACACAGUUGCAAAUUCUGAGAGCAUCACUAUCUAUGAUGACAUUGACGCCGAUGUGCUGAGAAAUUACCAGGAGUUUACUUUGGCUAAUAUCAUCUACUUCACAUUGAAAGAGGCUGCUGCCAGUGAGCAGAGCGCCAGGAUGACUUCUAUGGACAAUGCCAGCAAGAAUGCUUCUGAUAUAAUUGACAAAUUGACAUUGACUUUCAACCGCACCCGUCAAGCCGUCAUCACCAAGGAGCUUAUCGAGAUCAUCUCUGGUGCUGCCGCUCUAUAAUGUACCAUCAGCCUGCAACUUGUCUGGAUCUGUGAUGGGAUGGAUUGGUUUAUUUGUGAAGAAAGCCAAUAUUUGUAAAUUCUAUUACAAUAAAUUACUUACGUGGAA